AUGACCAAGGUUGAGGGAUUUAAAGUCGAGAUUGAACUCAAGAAGGAUGGCACUGUGAAAGGUGUGGUGGCCAGAGUUUCUGAAAAGGUUCUUACUUUAGACAAUGGUGAGUAUAAAAAUCUACUGGUGGGAAGAAUAAUAUAUAGAAUACAAACUGACUUUUCAUUUUUAGCUGAAUUUCAAGAUGGAUCACGAGUUGCACACUAUUCUUUACCAGGAGCUGAUAUCAAAGAUUUGAAAGUGAUUGAUAUUCCAAAAGAACUACAAAAGAAAUCCAGAAAAAAGAAUAAUAAAGAAAAGAUUAAUAAGUCUAAUGGAAAUACAAAUUAUAACAAUAACAAUGGAUUUGAUAGUGUUAAUUCUACCCCUGUCCAACAACCUGCCUUACAGGAUGAUGCUAUACUGUUCUAUAGAAGCAGCACCCCAACAACUGCUGAUACAUCGUAUCAAUCAAAACCAAAGAAGAAGCUGUUGAAAAGAAGAGAAAAUGUUUAUAGUAAUAAUGACCAAGAUAUAACAUGGGAUGAAAACAUUGCAGAAAUUAAAAGUAAUGACUUUGAUUUUGGUGGAAGUACUGCUGGCUUUGAUAAACAUGCGGCUUUGGAAGAAUUUGUUUCAAGGGAUAACAUUGAUCCAUCACAAAGAUUAGCUGGUCAUAAUAAACUCAAGGCACCAAUCAAGACCAAAUAUAAUAACGAUGAGAAUGUCUUGGGAGGUAUACAAACAGAUAACUGGAAUCAUUCUAAUGAUUAUGAAGAUGUUGAAGUUAGAAAAACUAGAGUUGAAGCUACAUCUGAUAAAUUAAACACAUUGAUUAAUAAAGAAAUUAAUACAAAACCUAUAUAUACAAGAUCACCAUCAUUAGAAUUCAGAGGAAAUAAACUCGUGAAUUCACAAGGUGAAACAUUACCAUUAGCAUCACCAAUUCAAUUACUUGAAAUUGAAAGAUUAGCAUCAGAAUCAUUUAAAAUUACACCUGAGAUAAUUGCAGAAAAUGCUUCGAGAGGUAUAACAGGAUUAGCAAUCAAAAUUUUAGGAGGUUCAUCACGUAUCUCAAACAAAAAUCAUAACCUCCCACCAUUGGUUCUUAUUCUGGCUGGUAACAAUAGAUCAGGGGCUAGAGCUUUAGCUGCAGGUCGUCAAUUAACAAAUCAUGGUGUUCGUGUAAUUGCAUUUACCACUACAGAUUAUAACUCUAAAGAUGAUUUAGAUGAAAACGUUGCACAUCAAUUAGAACUAUAUCAAUUAUCUGGUGGUAAAUGUGCAUCAUCAUUAUCUGGACUGAAAAACAUUAUAAGUGAUAUUGAUAGCCCAAUUGAAUUAAUUAUAGAUGCCUUACAAGGUUAUGAUACAAACUUAUCUGACUUGUGGGGUGAAGAAUUAGAAGGUGUACAACACUUGAUACAUUGGGUUAAAGAGCAAGAUAUCAAGACAUUAUCCUUGGAUAUUCCAUCAGGUAUAGAUUCAGGUUCAGGUCUGAUUGGAGAUGUUGACAAGAUUGAUUCUAAAUGGGUUGUUAGUCUUGGUUUACCAGUAAAUGGUGUCUUACAUGCAUAUUCCAAUGGGGCUGCCGAAAGAGGUGAUUGGACCCAUUAUUUAAUUGAUAUUGGAUUACCAAGUAGUUUAUUCAAGAAGGGUUCACUAAGGAAAUUUGAUCGUAAUUGGUUCAGUGGUGAAUGGUCUGUUUCCUUAGAAAUCACAGAUAAAUGA